AUGUUAUUUUCAGACUCUGGGCUGAGCACCCAUACAGUUCCAUCAACUAGUACUCCCACUGUGAACAUCAACAUUCCUUUAAAUUAUUCAAGUACAGAGUCUUCAAAUUCAGUUAAUGAUGAUGAUGAAGUUACAGGUAUGACACCAAGAACUCUUCUUCAAAGGAUCUCCUGCAAAAAAUAUUUUAACCAAUUAGAUUUCUGAACAGCUUUAAAAAUGAAUUAAUCAAUGUCCCACUAAUAUUUAGGUCCUUUCUUAGGUCCAUCCUCAAGACCAAUGCAAAUUGACUCUGGAACACAACACAAUCCUGUUGAACCUACUAAUCAAGGUUAAGCUUUGUUAAGGUCAUUUACUGUACUUUAUAAUUUUUAGUGAGGCUAAUAGUAUUAACACUAUUUCUUUUAUCAAUUACAGGUGGUACUAGUAAAACAUCUAAUUAUGCUAAGCAGAAAAAAGUGAAGAAGGUUUAUGCUCGGCAGAAGAAAAGAAUACAACGACUCCGUAAAGCUUUAAAUAUGAAAAAGAAGAAAAGCAACAACAUAGAUAAGCAUACCAUAUUAGAGGCUCUUCAGACCAUGCUACCAGAAAAUAUUGUAACAUUAAUCUCACUCCAGAUAGACUUGCACAAGAAAAAGAAUAAAGGGCAACGAUACAGUCCUGAGAUGAAAUCAUUCGCUCUUUCCCUUUAUUACAUCAGUGGAAAGGCGUACAAAUUGUUGUCGAAAUUCUUCAAGCUUCCAUCCAAAAGUAGUCUGAUGAAAUGGGUAGCUGCAUUUCCAACUGCUCCAGAGCUGACCUCAGCUGCAAAGGAAGUUCUAGCCAGAAAAGUCAACAUUAUGAGCGAGUCCAGUAAGUUGUGCACUAUCACAAUGGAUGAGAUGGCCCUUAAGGCUAACCUGUUGUAUGAUCCUGGUAAAGAUCAAGUCAUUGGUGUUGAAGAUUUUG